AUGACACCAUCGGUAGUGGAUGCUUCUCACGAUGCAGGGCCUUUGCUUUCCGUGCGUCGUGCGCGGUUCACGACUAGAUGGGAAUCUGUCGGCGGCAAGCGGGCGCAAGCCGUUGAAGUGACGUUGGAUAACCUGCUUCCAAUCAACGCGUUUUCCGAGAACACCUCCAUCACGAACCCCAUCACUAUCGAACUGUCCGGCACACAACUUCGGACGGUGAAACCUGCGGUUAUCAACCGCCUCGUUGCUUCGGACCGUGUUCGUGUAGAUGUUCUCGUGGCUGAUGGUGCAAGUGGCAACGCUACGGUGACUGUCAAGGACCACACUGGAAACACCCUCGGUCAAUCCGACGGAUGGCUCGUAACACCUUUGCCGGGGGUUUGGUCAAACGACCCCUCCCUCCUUCUCACACACGAGACCCCCACUUGGUGGAACGAAGCGAAAUAUGGUAUAUUCAUUCAUUGGGGGAUAUACUCAUAUCCGGCUUGGGCUCCGCCACAACAAUACGCGGAGUGGUAUGAGUCCGUACACAAUUGCUCUCCUCUCGCUCUCAAGGCUCACAAUUCUGUCAGCUGGGACUUGCAUAAUCCUUCCAACUCGAGCAGCCCAACCUGGGAGCACCAUCUGCAGACUUACGGACCAGAUGUGGUUUACGACGAUUUCAUUGUGAACUUCACUGCGAGCAAGUUCAAUGCUAGCUCGUGGGUGGAUCUCUUCGACAGAGCUGGGGCGAAGUACUUUGUCCUCGUAACAAAACACCAUGACGGGUAUGCCUUGUUCGACUCUGGCAACACCACUCAUCGGGCAAGUGUUUAUCUGGGCCCUGGACGUGAUUUGGUGGACGAACUCUUCACUGUUGCUAAGAAAGAGAAACCAAAUCUGCAUCGUGGGACCUACUAUUCUCUGCCUGAAUGGUUCAACCCCGACUUCGCCAAGUAUGGUUUCGCAGAAUGGCCAGGCGGACUGGCUCAUAACGCCUUCAACGCGUCUGAGCUGGAGCCAUACACUGGCAGGCUGAACAUCAGCGACUAUCUACAAGAUCUACAACUUCCCCAGAUGCUACUGCUUGCUCAGAAAUACGACACGGAAAUUAUGUGGUGCGAUAUUGGUGGUCCGAAUAUGACGCUGGAGUUCGAAGCACAAUUCUAUAACCACGCCCAGGCACAUGGGAAGCAAGUCACGAUCAACAAUCGAUGUGGGGUGCCGCAAUCCGAUUUUGACACCCCGGAGUACACGAAAUUCAAUGCCAUUCAGACGCGCAAGUGGGAGACGAGCGAGGGAAUGGAUCCGUUCAGUUAUGGACUCAACAGCGCCACGAACGCUUCGCAAUAUAAGAACGCAACUACUAUCGUCCAGUCGCUUGUGGAUAUAGUGUCGAAGAACGGAAAUUUCCUGCUGGAUAUUGGACCCAAUGCUGAGGGUGAAAUAAUUGAAGCUAUGUCCAACAACCUGCUCGCUGCGGGUGAAUGGUUGGCGAACUCAGGGGAUUGUGUUUACGCCACCUUAUCUGACCACUAA